AUGGACGCUGAGGACGAUGGGCCGAAACGAGAAAAGAAAAGGACGAGGACGAUGACGACGACACAGGCGGCGAAGACAAAGGCGGUGACGGUGAAAGUCGAGCCGCGUGCGAUGAAACCGAGCGAUGACGUACCGAGCACGACGGCCAAGAAGCCGAAGACGACAAAGGCGAAAGCGGAGCUCGCAAAGGCUCAACCGUCUGGGAAGUCGUCUGCGACGAGUAGUAAUAAGAAAGGACCGAAUACGAUCGCCAAGACGACGAAAGGAAAGACGACGAAAAAGAUGGAAAAGAGCGGCGUGGCGCUUCCUGAUGACGUGUGGGGCGCGAUCGCGCAGUUUGUGUGCGAAGAUGUGGAUGAAGAUAAGUUGUAUUCGACCCAUCGAAAAACAGGUGAGAAAGUUGACAAACGAAAGGUUGUCUACAAGCGACGACUUGAUACGUUGUUUGCGAUGCGAGGGACAAAUAAGCAGUUAUGUCGAGUGAUGAGUAGCGAUUUCGGGGAGGAGAUCUUUCAACUUGCGUUUGAAAACUUUUGCGAAGUGUCGGACGCGACGCACGGCAUCGACAACGCGCCGCCGACAAUGUUGUGGAGACACAAAGCGUUUUUCCUCACUGGGCUUGGCUGUCAAUCGUGUGAUGCUCAUCCGACGACGCGUAAACCGAAUUGGGUUUUUGGCGUGCGUAUGUGCAAAGAUUGUCUUCAAAAGCACACGGUGAUUCAUCAAGAGCUCGAGGACGAAUCAUGGACCAAAUCGGCGACGUAUGAAGAACUCACAAAAGGUUUGCCACACGAUGAAGUUCAAGGUUGGAGCCAAUUCUACAGAUCGCCGUAUACGAUGAUUCGAUUCUGGAAGCAAUCGGUGACGAAUCGCAAGGCGCUUUUAAGCCGUGCAAAAACUCCGAGCGAGCGAGAGCGAAUUUGCGCCCCGCCCGCGCCGAAGCAGGAUAAGCAGUUGCUCGAGAAAAAGGCGCGUGAGAAACGUACGGAAGCAUUGAAGGCUGAGUUAGAUCUUAUCGGAUGCGAACUACGCGCUGAUUCUAAGCUCAGUGAAUUAUUCAUUGAAGGAUUUCCCAAGAGCCUUCGCUUACGCAAGAAAUGGACGGCGAAAAACGUCGCAAAGCGCAUGGCUCAAAUGAAAUAUCUCCACGAAUACUGUCGCGAGUUUCAAGAGACGAUUCAAGACUGGCGCGAGGAAAUUAACGAUAUGUUUGAUGUUUAUGGUCACGGCUAUGGAAAUUACACGUAUGAAGUCACGGGAUUUCACAGAUUUGGAGCCGCUGUUCGAGACUUGGCCGAUACUUGGACUCGUUUCCCAAAACAGUGGCCUUGGCUCAUUCAACCUACGACGUGA